AUGAUCCCCAACCAGCUGAGGGGCAGCUCUUUGGUGUCCAGGCAGGAAGAAGAGACAGUGGAUGGCAGGAUUGGCUCUGAGCAGGAUAGAGACCGUGUUGCUUCAGGUCAUGGCCAGGGUCUGAAGUCGGAGCCCUGUUUCCAGACCGAAUCUCUCUUGCCUUCCAGCAGUGCAUCCCUGAUAUCACAGCUCCUCAGCCACCCAAUGGCUGGCAGCAGCCUGGAUCCCACCAUCCUUUUCCCUUCCUCUCAGGCAGUAGCCCUGCCUCAGGACUACGAGCAUGGUGCAUCUCCUGGAGAAGGAGCGCAAGCCCUGGCUUUCCCCAGGACCCGUGCCCUGGCUCCCAUGUCCUGUGCUGGUGACAGGGACCAGCUCUCUGACCAGCACCUACAAGCCAAGCGAGCCAGGGUGGAGAGCAUCAUCCAAGGCAUGAGCCUCCCACCAACCCCUCAGGCAUUUGGCACCAGCCUGGAGGCAGCUUUUGGGCACAAGAGGGAGAGGGGCAACAAGAUGCCCCGGGAGAGCAAGAGGAAGCCGAGGGUGCCCCAGCAGGGUGCGGGGGUGGCUGGGCAAGUGGCCCCCAUGGGUGGCAGCCCCCAUGCCGAGGGCUGCCAACAGCUGAAGGAGCAGCUCUGCUUUUUAGAGCAGCAGCUCAGGCAGCUUCAGGAGAAGUUCUCCCAGGUCUGUGACUCUGGGGAUGCUGCCCAAACCCAGGAAGCUGCUGAGAAAGUGCAUCCACUGCCUGGAAAGCCUGGAGACAGACUGGACAAGGACAAUGCCACUGCCACGAGCGACCCACGCAAAGCACCCCUCUGGAGGAGCAUCUUGGAGGUGCAUGGGCUGGAGGAGGAUGAGGACAGGGACGACACAGGUGGCCUGCCCUCGGCAGCAAGAGUCCUCUCACAGGCGCUGAAGCAUGAGCUGGCUGGGGUGACGUCCCGGGUGGUAGACUCUGUCCUGAAGACCGCCUGGCCAAAGGCAGCCAGCCACCUCCUGCAGCAGCAUCGCAGCCUCCCAGUGCUGGGGCCAGAUGGCAGGACAGAGUAUUUCGCUGCUGGGAAAUGCAGAAAGCCCCUUGCUAAGCCAUCACCCAUGAACGUACCGGGCUCGCUGGGUUCACCCCAGGCUGAGGCCCUGUCAGGAGCUUCAGGGAAGAGCCUGGGCUCUCAUGCUGGCUCCUUCAGUUCAAAAGGGGUCAGAAAACCCUCUCAGGUACCCAGCAUGGGUUAUGCACUGGGCUCAGCUGCCCCCAUCCAGGACAGCCAGCUGCUGAGCCAGCUGCUGGGCUACAGCCAGCACGGCCUCUGGGGCAGUGGCUCUCGUGGGAGCCCCUCUGCUCCGGAGAGGGGCUCUCCAGAGCCCCGUGACUUGCGUUGGGGAACUGUCAAACUGAGGUCAUCAGUCGUGAGACAGCAGCAGCAGCAUCCCCUGUCCCUGAGCCCUGCUGCUAUGGAGAGCCUGGCGCUGCUGCCGGCUGGCAGGGAUGGCCGCGGGGAGCUGCAGGCUGCGAUGCAUGGGGCACCCUUUGCCUCCACCCAUAUAUCCUUUGGGGGCAGCUAG